GAUUUAGGCUGCUGUUGCUGCAAACUGGGGAUGCAGAGAGAAGCUGUUUCUCCAGCAGAGCAGAGAGGACAGAAGAGCUGAAGGAAACCUGCAGGAAACCUACAGAAAAAAGAAUUAAUCAGGCCUGAGAGAGAGGACUGAGUCCAUCACUUUGACCCUCAGACUUCACCUUCAAGGAUCAUGAUUGGGAUCAGGAGAUGGAGGGCAGCAGAGUCCUGACUAACUGCAGGCCGAAAACUGCAGCAGCAUCAUCUGCUGGCUGCACAGCUCAGACCAGUCCCAACUGGGGGGUGGAAGAGCUUCAUGCCCUGGGACGGGACCAGUCCUGGAAGAUAGAGGGAGGAGGGGGUGGAGGAGCCCGGCCCCCAGGCAGGGAGGAGGGUGGUGGUCUGAGCUGCCAGCUGUAUUUUUGGAUGUGGGAUCUCCUGAAUUAAGCGAGCAAGCUGGAAUAAAGAUUUAGUGUGAGCUGGAGGAGGAAGGGGGGCAGAACAAGGAAAGCGCUGUGCUGAGAAGGCUGGACGUCCUGGCUGGACGGACGGAGAUCUGGGUGGGAGACGAACACAGAGGGUUCACUGGAUCAGGAAGAUGCCCUCGCGCUGCAGGAAUGCGCUGAACAUCGUGGUCACCACCCUGUUUGCUGCGGUGGUCCUCUUCACCAUCCUAUUGGCCUACGUCACAGGUUACCAGUUCAUCCACACUGAGCAGCACCACCUCUCCUUUGGACUCUACGGUGCCUUCCUCUCCCUCCACCUUUUACUCCAGAGCCUCUUCGCCUUCUUGGAGCAUCGGCGGAUGAGGACCCCAGCCCGGCCUCAGUACCUCCGCCGCUCUGUGGCCCUCUGUAUCGCAGCGUAUCAGGAAGACCCGGAUUAUCUGAGGAAAUGCCUGCGCAGUGUCAGGAGGAUCUCCUUCCCAGGCCUGAAGGUAGUACUGGUGGUGGAUGGGAACCGCCCUGAGGACCGCUACAUGAUGGACAUUUUCCAAGAGGUGAUGGGUGGGGCUGAGCAGGCCGGCAGCAUGGUGUGGAAGGGGAACUUUCACAGCGAUGGUGGCAAAGGAGGAGGUGUUGGGGGCGGGAGGAGGAGCGCAGUGCACAUGGAGGAAGCGGCCCGGGUGGCUCGGCUGGUUAGGGGCUGUCGCUUCUCCUGCAUCAUGCAGGAGUGGGGAGGGAAAAGGGAGGUGAUGUACACUGCCUUCAAAGCUCUGGGCGACAGCGUGGAUUAUGUUCAGGUGUGUGACUCCGACACUGUUCUGGACCCAGCUUGUACUAUUGAAAUGCUGAAGUUGCUUGAGGAAGAUCCAAAGGUGGGAGGAGUUGGCGGGGAUGUUCAGAUCCUCAACAAGUAUGACUCAUGGAUCUCGUUCCUGAGCAGCGUGCGCUACUGGAUGGCCUUCAACAUCGAGCGAGCCUGUCAGUCCUACUUCGGCUGUGUCCAGUGCAUCAGCGGCCCGUUGGGGAUGUACAGGAACUCCUUGCUGCAGCGCUUCCUGGAGCCCUGGUACCAUCAAACCUUCCUGGGCUCCAAGUGCAGCUUUGGUGAUGACCGCCACCUGACCAACCGGGUGCUCAGCUUCGGCUACAAGACAAAAUUCACAGCUCGGUCACAGUGUCAGACUGAGACACCCACACAGUAUCUGCGCUGGCUCAAUCAGCAGACCCGAUGGAGCAAGUCUUACUUUCGUGAAUGGCUCUACAAUGCCCUCUGGUUCCAUAAGCACAGUCUGUGGAUGACCUACGAGUCUAUGGUCACUGGUUUCUUCCCCUUCUUCCUGGUUGCGACGGUUAUCCACCUAUUCUACCGUGGGCGGCUCUGGAACAUCCUGCUCUUUUUACUGACGGUGCAGCUGGUUGGGAUGGUGAAGGCCACCUACGCCUGCUUCCUGCGUGGAAGUCUCGUCAUGAUCUUCAUGUCACUUUACUCUCUGCUCUACAUGUCCAGCCUGCUCCCUGCCAAAAUGUUUGCCUUGCUCACUAUCAACAAAGCUGGAUGGGGAACGUCUGGACGCAGAAAAAUUGUUGUCAACCUCAUUGGUGCUGUGCCAGUCACAGUUUGGGCUCUGGUGCUGCUCGGUGGUGUAGUGUAUACCGUCUACUGUGAAACCCAAGAGCCGUUCAGCGAAACGGAGAAGGCCUUGUUGAUAGCAGGGACAGUACUGUACGCAUGCUACUGGCUCAUUCUGCUGGUGCUGUACUUGGCGAUCGUAGCCAAACGAUGCAACAAGAGGGAGGAGCAGUAUCAUCUGUCAUACGCAGAGUCCUGAACCACGGCGACUGGAUGGACAUUCGUCCUAGGUUUCCCUACAGUUUGACUCUAGUAAGAUAGAGCAAAGAGCUGAGAUCUUUAUCACUGGUGCUACAAAGAUGUAAAUCUGAAUUCUGAGAGAUGGUGCUUCUCACUGUUUUGAUUCAGGUCAUAAAGUGGUCAGAUGGACAUCUAGUUAGCCUCUGAGCAAAAGUUAGCGGUAGACCUGUGAUUUUUUUUUCUUUCUAUGAAUCAGAAGUGAGAAAACAGAGUUCAGAUCAAUUACGCAGCUGUUUUAAAUUAGAAGAGGGAGCCUCAAAGUACCUGAUGUGUCUGACGCAAAGCAAAAUUUUAAAAGUGUGCAACACAGAAGAAAACGUGUAAGCUGCAGAGGGUUAAUCUUAGAGUUGUGCAAGUCUAUUUUAGAAAGUACAGAGAUGACUUAAUUAAAAUAGCAGGAAGGAAGGGAUGGCACAGCUAAUGUCUGAACAUUUGAUGCAAGAACGAAAUGUUCAGGAGAAAGGUCUACAGUCUCUCAGCAUCUAUCAUAAAACCACACUGGUCAAGAGCUGCUGUAUUUGUUCCCUCUUCACUCAUAGUUCCUCUUAGUGUAACUGCCCGAAACCACAAUGAGAAACAACAAGAAUCUUAGAAUAAGGGGUUUAGUUCUCCAGUACGUCCAGUUCAAAAUGUCAACCUCAAACUUGUGGAAACAGAACUUCAGUUAAGCAGAAACAAUCUGAAGAGCAUUGCUAUGAAGUUAUCCGAGCAUAACCCCAAAAAUCAGUUGUUUCUGAGAUUCACUGUCUUUUUUCAAAGUAAUCUAAAAGCAAAGAGUGCAGAGAGGCCCCAAGAAAACAUAAAAUAAAAAGAGGGAGAAAAUUCUGAAAGUAUAGUGAGUGCACAACCUGAAUAUUUAGAGGAAACAGAUAACAUUUGUACUCGGGAUAAUUUUAAAAAAUGUGAAGGGAUAGUAGUAUGAUAUCUAAACACAGAUUCAAGGAAAUCCUGAUCAAUCCAAAAUUUAUUUUUAAAUUUCUGUCUUUCCAAACGGCAAGAGAUUGAUUUUUCAGUGGUCUUAAUCAAUGCUUCUUCAAGAUUUAUUAACGUCUUACAAUGUUUUCUUUAAACUGCUGCUUUUCAAUUGUUUACUGUUCAGUCCUUGUACCUGACAAUCUUCAGAUCAUUUGUUCAUUUGUAAAGCCACUUAACUCUGACCUUUGAAUCAUUCAGGCAUAGAAAGAUUCCUAAACUCAAUGAAUGAACCAGUGUUGAGUCAAUACAAGACCUAAACCUGUGUUAAAUUAGGACUUUAGAUUCUUUCGUUUCCUGCAGCUUGCCACCAAAACACAUUUUGUUUUCAUUUUUUGGCUGAAUGAAAAAACAUCUAAAGUAUCACAGUUUUACAUCUAUAAAAUAGUAAUUUAGCUUCACAAAAGGGAUUUCCAAAGAGCCACAAGCUAAUGAUAAUAAUCUGGUUUAUAAAACCGAGAUUAUGCAUCUUGGUUUUAUUUCAAUACAAUCUGAAACCUUAGUAAAAAGCAGUAAUAUUAAACAAACCCAGGCAUUAUAUGUAAGAAUACUCUUAAACACUUUAAUUUUAAGUAGAUUAAAAAUCAAAGAAAUAUUGAUUUAAAAAUGCACUUCCUUUGGUUAGCUUAUUUUAGAUUAGCCUAGCUUAGUUCCGUUAUUAUCUUAUUUUAGUUUACCCUGCCAUAGCUGAAAUUAGCCAGCCUUAGCAUUGCUUAGCUCUGUCUACUUUACCUAUCAUGAGGUUAGCUUAGUUCGGGUUAUUUUACGUUAGUCUACCUUAGUGUCUCUAUAUUUUUUCUAAUCUUACUGUAGUUUACUUUAGCUUGUCUUUGCUUACUAUACCCUACCCCGCCUCCUCUAGUUUGGCCAAUCUUAGCAUGUCUUAGUUUAGACCCCUUUGGUCUAUAUUAUCUUAGCUUAUUAUAGCUUACAUACCACAAACAGUUAAUCAAUUAUGAGUCUUUCAGAAGAGGACAUAAUCCUCUGUCAAGAAGUUUUAUUUGUCUUUUUGUAAUUUUUCUUUCUUUUUAUCUCCAUAAAUGAGCGUUUUUAAGUAAGCUAACCAGCUGUCAGUUUUAUGUCACUUGAUGAAUGUGAUAUCUGUGUCAAUAUUGAUUUGUAUAUGAAAGCUUAGCUCAAAAAGUAGAGCAAUUUGUAUUUGGUCUAUUUUCUGCAUUUGUAAGGAAAAUGCAUUUGCAGGUUGCUCCCAUAAAAAAAAACUUCUCCGGUCUUCAACCCCAUUGAUCACUUGUGGGAUCAUCUUUGGUGAGCUGUUUGUGCUAGAAUCACCAACGCUGGCUGACUUAUGACAAAUGCUGCUUGAGAAAUAUGUGUGCCAUCUCACAGCAGUGUGUGACCAAGUUGGUGAAAAGCAUGAGAACCAAUUACCAGGCUAGUACUCCUCCUCCAGCUCCUCCGGGUGGAGCCUGAUGCCUUCCCUGCCAACUGAGAGACAUAGUCCCUUCAGCGUGUACUGGGCCAUCCCCUGCGCCUCUUCCUGGUGGGACGUGCCUGGAACAUUUCCUGGGGAGGCGUCCAGGAGGCAUCUAGUGCAGAUGCCAGAGCCACCUCAACUCCACGUCUCCAUGUGGUGGAGCAGCGGCUCUACUCUGAGCUCCUCCUGGAUGGCCAAGCUCCUCACCCUAUCUCUAGGGGAGUGCCCGGACACCUUGUUGAGGAAGUUCAUUUCAGCUACUAUUAUCCAGGAUCUUGUUCUUUCGGUCAUGACACAAGUUUCUUGAAACUUCAAUCAUCAAAUCCAAUAAAGCUGUCUGACAUCAACAAAAAUUAUUUAUUAAGUUUUUAAUGGGAGCAACUCAACGCUGUGGCUCAACCCUCAGAAGCAUUUUCCUUAAACAUUUGCACCAUUUAAGGGGGCUUUCCAGUGGUAUAGGAUAUAUUGUCAUGGUCAGGUGCAAAGACUGGACUUAAAAUAUGCAUAAAGCAGCUAAAAUCCAAAGGAAAAACCUGCUGAGCUAUUGAUCAAGACCACAUUAAAGGUGACAAGAAAGUCUGUCUGUUUGGAAGGAAACGUUCAGUAGCUUAAAGAUUUUUCAGCAGACGUGUAAUGACUAUCCACACAGAUCUGAAAAAAUUUCAUUUUUAUGACAGAAUUUUUAUCAGGAAGCCUUUAUGACCCUAAAUGGUAAUCACCCAGCAGCUUUGAAUCAGUCCCACUGGUCAAGAACAGCACAAUCAUCUGCUUCAAGCAGAAAAUCUGAGCAUCUACAAGCAGCUGGAUUUUUGGUGCUGUUGACUAAUUUAUUGUUCAUGAAUGUCCAAGUAUCCAUUUACAGUGACACGUCUCAGCUAUAGUUUCAUUCAGCAAAUCAGAGAUUUUUUUUAAACAUGUUUGUAAAGUGCCAACUUUCAUUUGUGUAGCAGUGAUGUUUUUCUAUUGAACACUGUUCUUUUAACUGUGGACAUUUGUGUCCUUUUACAUGGGAUGUGGACUUUGUUAUAAACAGUGUAAAGACUGAACACCAAAGAGAUUUAGGUUAUAAAUCCAGGACCAUGUUUUCAGUUAAAUUUCCUCUUUUAAUUUAUGUUGUUGCUGUUUUGUUCCAUUUUAAAUGUUUAAACUCUAAAAGGACCUGUACAUUAAAAGGAAAAAUGU